GAAACUCAUCGACUUUGAGCCUGUUUAUGGAUUCAGUUACCACUCAAUGGGCUUCUUUUUCUUCUUUCCUGCCCUAUCCAUGGAAAUACGAUGUCUUUCUUAGUUUUAGAGGUUUGGAUACACGCAACAAUUUUACAGGCCAUUUGUACAGCAAUUUGAUUCGAAACGGAAUCAACACCUUCAUGGAUGAUGAGCUUCAAAGAGGAGAAGAAAUAUCACAAACGCUUUUCAACGCGAUUGAAGAGUCAAGGAUUCAUGUUGUUGUCUUCUCCGAGAACUACGCUUUCUCUAGGUGGUGCUUGGAUGAACUCGUUCAUAUCCUUGAAUGUCAAAAAUCAAAGCCACACAUAUUUUAUCCAGUUUUUUACAAUGUGGAUCCCUCUGAUGUACGACACCAGAAAGGUCGUUUUGGGGAGGCAUUUGCUGGCCAUGAAUACCACUUUAGGAAUGAUAUGGAGAAGGUGCUAAGAUGGAAGGCAUCUCUUAGAGCAGCAGCAGAUAUAUCCGGCUGGGAUUCGUUAAACAGGAAUGAAUCUAACUUUAUUGAUGACAUCGUUUAAACGAUUUCACAAAAAGUUUUAAAUGGUACUAGAUUGAUUGUGGCAGAUCACCCAGUUGGAAUUGAGUCUCGUGUA